CAUCGGAGCUGUCCUUGCAACAGCACCUCGAACUUGCCCCGGAUUUGGUUGCGUAUACGAACCUCACUGUCGAGGGAGAGCCCGAGUCUUUGAUGAUGGCACAGCCCGUGCCUCAUCAGCCCACCGAUAAGAAGCGCGUCAAGGUCUACGAACUCCGCAACAAUGACUGGUUCGAUCGAGGCACCGGCUUCUGCAGCGCGAGCUUUGAGACUCUUGAGGAUGGUCGCAAAGAACCGCGCGUCAUCGUUGAAUCAGAGGAUCAUCCCGACCGUCUUCUGCUAGAAACAAAAAUUCAAAAAGAAGAUGGAUUCCAGAAACAGCAAGAUACACUGAUUGUGUGGCAGGAACCUAGUAGUGGAGUUGACAUGGCACUCAGUUUUCAAGAAGCCGAGGGAUGCGCCAUGAUAUGGCGUUUUGUGAGCAAUGUUCAACAGACAUUUCACAACCAUCUGCCAGGAGCCGAUGACGGCCUUUCUGACGAUCUCCCUAUCGACGCUCCGCCGGCUAUCAACUUGCCCACAGCCGAACUUGGAAAUCUCGGAGAUAUAGAACAGACUAUGCGGAUGAUGAGCACAACAGCAAACGGACGUGAUGCUCUCGCCAAGGCAAUUAUGGCUGAGGACUUCAUCGGCAAAAUUGUCCCCCUGGUCGAGAUGGCUGAGGACCUCGAGAGUCUUCAAGACCUGCACCGGCUUUGCAACAUCAUGAAAACAGUCAUUCUUCUCAACGACACCUCAAUUAUAGAGCAUGCGGUGUCGGACGAAUGUGUUUUAGGUGUUGUUGGUGCUCUGGAAUACGACCCCGACUUUCCUAGUCACAAGGCUAAUCAUCGACACUGGCUGGGCAAUCAAGGUCGAUAUAAAGAAGUUGUCCCUAUCGAGGAGGAGCAAAUCCGCAGGAAGAUUCACCAAACAUACCGUCUACAGUACCUAAAGGAUGUUGUUCUGGCUAGAAUACUCGACGAUCCUACUUUUUCGGUUCUCAAUUCUCUUAUCUUUUUUAACCAAGUCGACAUUGUUCAACACCUGCAAGCGAACGCCGCUUUUCUUAAUGAGUUGUUUGGCAUCUUCAGACCCACGAACAGCGAUCAGAAGAGAAAGAAGGAAGCGGUGCUCUUCAUCCAGCAAUGUUGUGCUAUUGCCAAGAAUAUCCAACCACCGGCGCGUCAGACGUUAUACAACAACUUCAUCGCUCACGGACUCCUUUCUGUCAUCCACUUCGGGCUCAGACAUCAUGACGUGGGAGUUAGAGUUGGGGCAACUGACAUCCUGAUCUCUAUCAUCGAUCACGAUCCCCAAAUGAUUCGUCAGACUUUGUACCGUCAACUGCACGAGAACCAGACUCUCCUCACCGACUCUUUGAUUGAUCUUCUGCUGGUGGAAGUUGAUCUUGGUGUCAAGUCUCAAAUCUCAGAAGCACUCAGGGUCUUAUUAGACCCUGGUCCUCAACAAAUGCAAAAUAACGAGGCCCUUGCGAAGGCUAAUGGCGAGUUUAUGGGAAGACAGAGACCUCAAGUCGCCCUUGACCCUCAGCAAGAGACUUUCCUCAACAAAUUCUACGACAAGUCGGCUCCAAGGCUAUUCAAGCCCCUCAUGGACUUGGAGAAGCGAACGGACAUGAACUUUACUGUGCAGCAGGCAUCGAUGUUUACGUAUCUGAUUGAGAUCCAAACAUUCUUUAUUCGCUGUCACUAUUUACGCGUCAAGUUACAUGUCAUGUCUCACGAUAUCGUUAAGCGCAUUGCUCAGCUUCUCACAUGCCCUGAGAAAUUUUUGAGAUUAGUUGCUAUUCGUUUCUUCCGGUCAUUGAUCGGAAUGCAAGAUGAGUUUUACAUCAAGCAUCUCAUGGAGAAGCAGGUCUUGGGACCAAUUCUUGAAGUUCUUAUCGAGACCGUGCCCCGAGACAACCUCUUGGGCUCAGCAUCACUGGAAUUUUUCGAGUUCAUCAAGAAAGAAAACAUCAAAGAUCUGAUCAAACAUCUCGUGGUCAACUAUAGAGAACAGCUUAGAGCAUUGAGCUACAUGUCGACAUUUCGGGAGAUCCUUCUUAGAUAUGACCAAACUCAGGGUUACACGUCUAACGUCGACUAUUUCCUGGAAGCUGAAGACGAGAUGGGUAGGAGACCUCUAGCGAACACAAGGAUGGCCGAGCAAAUCACUGUUGAACAAGAGCAAGAGGAAUACUGGGCAACAUCUGAUCCUGAAGAUGAUGAUGACCAGUCAAGUAAAGAGGGAGAAAGGACACCAUCCACGAAUGGAUCAAUCACCUCGAAGCUACUAGUCGACUACGCAUCCGAUGAAGAGACUGACGAAAAUGCCGACCCUGAAGCAACACCAGAAGCGGACAGCCAACACAGCGACGUCGCAUCGGACGCUGUGCACUCGCCUAUUGAUUCGAGCCUUGGAGGAGGUAUCCCACCACCUGAGCGACUUUCAGAGAAGCGUCGACGUGAAGAGGAGGAAGACGAGGAUGAGAUGAGCAAAAUGAUGCAGAAUAAGAGACGCAGCAGCAGCGGUUCUGUCACAGCGAUCUCAGGCAACUCUCGCGGCCCACAAAGACGCAAAAGCUUCAACGUCAACUCUCCCGCUGGAGGCAAGAAGAUCGCCAUCAGUCUCUCUAGCGGCUUAAAAACAGGCAGCGGCCCAGGUUCCAACGAAGAGUCAUAAAUUCUCCUAACUUCUUUCGGCGAUGGCGUACCGGUUAUUGGUCUGUUUUUGGUUUAUCAUGAAAGGGGGUUGCAGACUUGAGGCCUCACUCCCGCACAAGUACAUUUAGCAAGUAUGGCUUGCUGGUUAACGGAACGGUCAGGUGGUGAGAACCGGCGUUGAUGUUUGAAAUAUCUUUGUGGCAUCCGUCACUAUAUUCUUAGUAUCACAUGCUUUGCU